UUAAAAGUCACCUCAGAUUGAGGUUCAUCCGAAUACCAUCCAGACGGCCAUUUUCGAGCCGAACGAUGACUCAUUGCUACUGAUGCUAAUGAUGUCAGGGCUCUGAUGUCUUACACACAACGUGAUGUCAUUUAUGACUAAUUAGGUAUUACGACGCCGAGGGGGAUUGUGUAAUUGCAAGAAUGCGGGAAGGAUCCCCCCGGGGGCAGGUUCGUAAGACUGCCGUGUCUACUGUAUGUUUGCAUUGCGGCGAAUGCGCGCGUAUGGCCGAAAGGCACAUCGACGGCCAUGAUUUACAGACAUGGUUCAGAAGAAUAUGACUGCUGUACAUGCGGAGGCAUAUCACAGCGAGCGGCUAACAUUGUCCAAGAGGGAUGUCAACCAAUUUGAUCCGGAUGUCGCAACGGAGGAAAGUAACUCAUGGUGGAACCGACUUUUGGGCUGUGAAAAAGUGGCCAGUUUUAAUUGUCUGAGGAAAUUAAGCCGACUCAAAACUGUGAAACCAAGCAAUAAAUGCAUCUGUCUCUCAAAGACAAAACCAACAAGUCCAGAAAAUGAGAGCCUGAGUUGCAAUGGCUCAGAAAUAGAAUGCGCUGCAAGACGACAACACCAUUUUUUUCAGUGGUGGGAAUGUUGGAGGAGAUUCUGUGUCUUCCCUGAACGACAGAGACUUCAAGAGCACGGUAGCUCCACCUCUCACCGGGACAGGGUGGAAGUGUGUGAAAGCCUGCCAGUGAAAAAGAAAGUACUGCAGGUGUCACUUCAAGAAGACAACCGAACCACGAGCACCUCAUGUCACACAGAACUUCCUCCCAAAGAGUCGGAUUGGGGCCCGACACAGAAUACGGCUAUCGUCCAAAGCCUCAGUGGUGAAAAUCGCCCUCUGGAGGAUAUCAUCGAAGAUGACAUCACUCCCGUUAACAAUAACAAGUGGCGCUGGUGGCGGAAGAGAGGUCAAGUGGCGCCCAAUCCUAAGGAACAAUGCCAUCCAAAGCAGAGCCUCAACUCUUCUCACCAGGAAAAGCCUGUGGUGUUGGGAGGCCUCGAGGAAAGGAAGACAAGUUGGAAGAUGAGGAGGAAGAAAUACAAUCAAACCGUACAAGCCACAUCCAUCACGCCAACCCUCAGACUUCAGCAGCUCAAAUAUCUUGGGCUUCCUAACCCGGCACAGAUCUGCUACAUGAACGCCAGCCUGCAGAGCCUCCUGACUCUGGAGGAUUUUGUUGAAGGCAUCAACUGUCAGAAGCCGGUCUGGAGUUUAAGUCCUGAGGCUGCGCUCAUAAGAUCAUUUAUGAACAUCAGCGCAUGUCACAGCUCCAGAAAUAUCGAGCUGAAAAUCCGCUGCCUUUAUGCAUUCAAGAACACCGUCUCCCUCUUGGCGCCGGAGUUUCAGGAUCUCUGCCAGAAAGUAACGACAUUCAGGAGUGGAUAUGGGUUUUGUUUUGUUUUGUAUUCCAUUUCAUCAUCCGCGCACGCAUUCUUACAGGAUGCACACGAGUUCCUGACAUCUGUACUUGAUCAAAUAAGAAAUCUGAAGCUGGCGCAGCAGAAACUGGCCACCAAGAUGGGAAAAGCCUACUACUGUCCCGUGGAAGAGCACUUUGUGUUCAAGAUGCAGAACAUCAGGAUGUGCUUGAGAUGUAACAUGACAUUUUCCAAAGAGGAGGAAUUUACAAACCUGUCCCUGGACCUGCUACCCGGUUGUGGAACAGUGGAGGAAAUGCUUCAAAAUUACCUGAAGGUAACCAAAGACAUAAGACACCCAGUGACUUGUUGCUGGCCAAUCCAAGGGAGUGAAAGAAGGCUAUUCUCCGGCUUUUGUGCAGAAGACACAGGUGGAGUUUCAAUGUGAGUGUGGUUCCAACACAUCAUUGCAGAACGCUUCCUUUAUUAGCCUUCCAAGGUAAAUCACAUUUUAUCCACCUCUAGAAUGACUUCAUAUCUGAAAACGACUGAAACAGGAAACCCUGUGAGUCGUGUAUUGUAGAUGUUAAAAAACUAGCUAUUCCCUUCCCCCGCUUAGUUAUUAAUCAGUCUCCCCCCCCCCACCCCCAUCUUACAGAGUGCUGGUCUUGCACCUGAAGCGCUUUGUAUUUUUUUCAGUGUUUGGGUCAAUAAAGGUCCGCCGGCCUGUUUCGCUUUCCAAGGACCUGGUGCUCCCAUCGAAACUGGUAAUGUGAGACAACAACAACCUGAAAGCAACAAGUUAUGCAUGAAAAAUCUGUGAAACUCACAUUCAGACUGUCGGUUCUUUACAGGGUGGGGCCUGCUACAGUUUGGUGAGCAUCAUCAAUCACAAUGGCUUUACAACAAGCAGCGGUAAGAUAAUCGAUCUAACUAUGCUUUUUUUUUUUUUUCCAUUCACAAGAUUACACAACUAAACAUAACCAAUUUUGUGCACGUGAACAUCCUCAUUCAAGAAAGAGGCUGAUAUUUCAAUGUUAUUUAGGGCACUACAUCAGUGAUGGAGUGGAUCCAGCAGUGGAAGAGGAGGACCUGACGGAUCGCUGGCUUACCUACAAUGACCUAGAUGUCCAAGAAACAAGUUGCGCCUCUGUAUGCGACAAGCGGCAAACUACUGCCUAUGUCCUAUUUUACAGAAGGCAUGAGUAGGACGAGCAACUCAAACACCGCAAUGGUGAUAGGUGCUUUGCUCCACUCUUACUCCUAGGGUCAAGUACCCAAAAAUCGGCUGAGGCGGCUGGAAUUGCUGGCCCUAACUCCAAGGGGUACAUUACAGUAUGUAAGCACUGGUAUGUGACAUGUUUACAAGGAAUGUUUCUCUGUUCGAGUCACUCCGUCUCAAAUAUUUUACAAAUGUGUCAGAGUUGACUAUUUUUACCAUUUUCUAUAUUUAACUCGUGAUCUCGUACUACGGAACCUUUGUUCGUACUUGUUUCCAACCCGCAACAUUAACGCACGGACCGAAGAGUGCACCGUUAAAUUUCCGCCGUGCCAACAAACGCAUCGUCUUUGAGUAUGCACAUCGUAAAUAUAAUUUACCUUUCUGUUUCCUCUUAGGUAUAACGUAAGUUAGUAAUGUCCAUAAAAUGCCGUAGAACAUCGAUGGCAUCGUUGCAGUUGAUUUAGAAUCGGUAUCUUAAAUUGAUGGCGCAAACAGUACCGCCCAGUGAAUUAUAAAUAUAUUUUCCGAUGCGUAAAAUUAAAUUGGAAAUCUUUAAAAUAUUCAGGCAAUUAAUUUUCCUAAGCGAAGGCGCCGCGUGAAUUACUUGAAAGGUUGUCGAGUGCCAAAAUAACAUGCUGACCUAAAUUGUGUUCAAGAUUAGUUUAAUGUCUUUCUCUAAAGCGGCAUAUUGGUUUCGUGUCUUUACAUAAAGCAGUAAAUAUUCGUGUCGAAAUCGUAUUUGUUUUCCUUGGUCGAAAUAACAAACACGUUAACAUUUGGCACUAUUUAAUACCGAACCAGCAAUAAAAAUAAUAAAUAAUGAAUAAACACCAAGUAUGCAUACUGGAGUAAUGAUGAUCUCAUCUCAAUUUACUCACAAAUGAAUUACUCGGUGUGACUUUUUUUUUUUAACACAAAGCUACUUAACACACACGAAGCCUUGAUUUAUUCUUAAUUGUUAACCAUACUUCUACUUUUCUCUUUGAAGUGUACCUCGAAGUUGGAGUCAAAAUAACAAAUCAUGGCAUCGCUGGUGAGUAAUGGUUUAUGGCGUGGUGACAUGAAGCUUCCCUCUAACUGCAAUCAUUGGGACUUAUUUUUAUUUUGUUACAAUGUAUUUGGUCGGCUACUGAUUUGGGAGAUAGGGGAACAAUGGAACACUGUCAGAAAAACUGCUUGUGUUACAGGGGAGCAGCAGUUCUUCCGGCACUGAAUACAUUGUGCGAGUGCC